GGGCAGAGUGGGAUUCUAUAGUCUCUUCCUAGAAUUCUGUUGUUUUUCUCAUGCAAAGGCUGACUUGGAGACCUGUCUCAGGUAUAGAAUGAAUUGGUUCAAUGAAACCCAGCGAAAUUACGCUGUACUCAAGGUGGAAGAUGGUGGGACAGACUGUCGCUAACCAUGGCGUCUGGAGAUGACAGUCCUAUCUUUGAAGAUGAUGAAAGCCCUCUCUAUAGCCUGGAAAAAAUGACGGAUCUCGUAGCUGUUUGGGACGUAGCAUUAAGUGACGGAGUCCACAAGAUUGAAUUUGAACAUGGGACCACAUCAGGCAAGCGGGUUGUGUACGUGGAUGGGAAGGAAGAGAUAAGAAGAGAGUGGAUGUUCAAGUUGGUGGGCAAAGAAACGUUCUUUGUCGGAGCUGCAAAAACCAAAGCCACCAUCAAUAUAGAUGCCAUAAGUGGCUUCGCAUACGAGUACACGCUGGAAAUUGAUGGGAAGAGCCUCAAGAAGUACAUGGAGAACAGGUCAAAGACCACCAGCACCUGGGUGCUGCGCCUGGAUGGCGAGGACCUGAGAGUUGUUUUGGAAAAAGACACUAUGGACGUAUGGUGCAAUGGUCAGAAAAUGGAGACAGCGGGCGAGUUUGUAGAUGAUGGGACUGAGACGCACUUCAGCGUUGGGAACCACGGCUGUUACAUAAAAGCUGUGAGCAGCGGAAAGAGGAAAGAAGGGAUUAUCCAUACCCUCAUUGUGGAUAACAGGGAAAUCCCAGAGCUCACUCAGUGACACCUUCUUACUGAGUUCUGAGCCGAGGAGGUGACCUCGGGACUCGCCGAUGGCUGUGGUAAUUAAAUGGGUUCAAUAUGUACAUAUUGUUAGAUUUAGUCUGCAAUGUUUUUAUUUUUAUCUUUUGUUACUUGAAACUGUAAUAUUCCAAUGGUCAAGAAAAAACAAGGACUCAUAAAAAUGUAUUUUUUAACUAAUAUAAAGUGUUUCUAAUUCAAAUGGAAAAUAAAAUGUGGACCAAACCACUAACAUCCCACAACAGUAACCUUGACUGUAGUUAACACUGUAAAAUAAAAUGGUGCUGCUGGCCCUGCACAGA